UGUGUGCUUUGUUUUGUUUUGUUUUGUCCAUCAUUGAAGACAAAAAUCAAUUGUGAUAUCAAUUUUUCGAAUCAAAUUAUCAACGAUUAUUAAAAUAAAAAAUGUAUUGGAAUGAUACAACAUCACGGAUUGAUUCCAUCCUACAAGAAAAGGAUGUAACAUUGGAAAUGAUACUUGAUGAAGAUGAUGUAUUACAAGAAUGUAUUGGAAAUAAUGAAUCAUUAAUUCGAUUUCUGACGAAAGAUGAGAUAAUAAUUAAAAUGUUAACAAUGAUGACCAUUGAACCAGAAUCGAAUGAUAAUGAAAUGGAAAAUUAUAAAUAUGCAAAUACAAUAUGUGAAAUAUUAACACAUGAUGGUAAUUUAUUUUCAAAUUUAAUAGCUACAAAUCGAAAAUAUCUUUUGAUUUUAUGGUCAUUUCUUGAUCAUUCAUGUCGAAAUGAAAUAUCUGUUUUAAGUGAACAACAACAACAACAAGAGCAACAACAAUCAACAGAAACUGAAGAAAAUUUAUCCAUAGAUAAAAAAGAAGAAUCUAAUGAUGAAAAUGUUGAUAAAAAUGAAAAUGAAAAAAAUGAAGAAAGUGGUGAUAAAAAUGAAAAUAAAAUAGAAGAUAAAGAAACGCCAUCGAAUAAUGAAGAUAAAGUUGAUGGAAAAAGUGAUAAUCAGGAAUUUGAAACGAAAACUGAUGAAAAACAACCGUUGACAACAACAACAACAACAACAAAGUCAACCAAUGAACAAUCAUUGAAUCCAUUAUUAGCUAGCUUUUUUACCAAAGUAUUUGCAUAUAUUUUUAUGCAUGAUACAGAACCUGUGUUAGAAUUUUUAAUCACACGAAAUCAUCCAAAUGAUCUUGUUACAGUGAUAUUAAAACAUAUCCAAACAUCGGCAAUAAUGGAUUUUAUUUAUAAAACAUGGAAAUAUAUUAAUGUUGAUCGAUAUAAUCAAAUUAAUCAGCUAACGAAUGAAAUUAAAGAAACAUUAAAUGGAACAACAAUUAUUAUAAAAAAUGAUGAUGAUGAUAAUGAUAAGGAUAAUGAUGAUGAACAACAACACCAACAACAACAACAACAAGAAUCAUCAAUCAAUUUAAAAUUUAAUAAUUUAUUGAUUGAAAAUGAAUUUAUUAAUAAAUUAAUCGAUAUGUUUCAAAAUCCUGAUCUGGAAUCUGAACAACAAAAUGUUGCACAGCUUAUUUCGGAUAUGAUACGUUUAAAACGUGAAGUACUUAUCAAUGCUAAACCAGCACAACAAGAAAUAAUGAUAAAAUUUGAUCUAGAAUCUGAAAAUACGAUAAAAAGAUUGUUGAACAAUAUGUUUGAAUGUCGAACAAAAAAUUCGAUUGUAAAUGGAUUGAAAAUCAUACAGGUGUUACUUCAAUACAAUCUUGAAUAUCAAAAUAUGGUAACACAACAAGAAGCGCAGCUAUCAUCAAUGAUAGAAAAGGUUUCGAAAAAACCAUCAACCGAUCCAAUGAGUGAUGAUGAUAAUGAUGAUGAAUUAGAACCGAUGCCAAAAUUUUUAAAACAACAAAGUUCACUUAAUGUAUCAAGAAUGUUUGAAAGAGUUGUUGAAAAAAUUAUGGAUUUUCCAACCGAAGAAACACAAAGUGAACAUCUUACACAAUGUGUACGAAAUUGUUCAAAAGCAUUAAUUGAACGUUUAGAAGAUUUUGUAGCCAUAUUAAUUGAUUCACCAUAUUGUGAACCAAUGAAAACAACAGCCGGUAUUAUUGAAAAGCCACUUGGAUUUAUUCGUCUUGAAGUGGUUCAUUUGUUUGUUGCAUUAUUUGCAACAUCAGAUUUUCAAAUUAUGAAAAAAUGUUCACAAUUGAAUGUUUUAAAAAUUUUAACCGAUCAAUUUUUUGCCUAUCCAUUGAAUAAUCAAUUACAUAAAUAUUAUUUGCAAAUUAUCUGUUACAUAUUUCAAAAUUAUCAUAAUUAUAAAAUAAUUUAUGAUAAACAUCAUCAAACACCAUCAAAUAAUAAUAUCGAUAAUAUUGAACAAACAUCAAAUGAUGAAAAUCAAUCAAGUGAUCAGCCACACAAUAAUGAUGAUAAUAAGGAUAAGGAAAAAAUAUCAUAUUUUUUAAAUCGUUUUGAAAUAACAAAAACAUUGGUCGAACAAAUACUUAAAGAUUGUCAUUUGAUUGAAAAAAUAUUGGAUAAUUUUGCCGAAGAAUCGAUACCGAUCAAAUCAUAUGAAUUGAAAAAUAUUGAUGAUAAAAAACAAUGUUCCGAUCAAGUGGAUGAAAAAUUAGAAUCGAAAGAAAACAAUCAAUCUUCGUCGAAUGUUGAUGAACAAAAAAAGGAAAAUGUUGAAGAUGUUAUAAUGGAAGAACAAAAUGAAUCCGAAACCAAAAAAUCAAUUACAGAUGAAACGAUAAUAGUUUCGAAAAAACCUAAACUUAUAUCUAGGCCUGGUUAUAUGGGUCAUUUACGUUUGAUUGCAAACACAUUGAAUGAAAGAUGUAAUGAAAAUUUAUUGCGUGAAUGUUCACUUGAAGAAAUGAUGCCGCAAUGGAAAGAAUUUGUUAAAGGUAAACUUGAAAAAUUGAAUCAAUUAAUAACUGCCGAACUUGUACCCGAAUCUAAAUGUAAUCCAUUGAUUGAUCCAAUUCUGAACGAGGAAUCGGAAUUUCUUGCUUAUAAAGACGAAGAAUUUACGAUGAACAAUAUGAUAAGCGAACCGAAACCAUUACCCGAUUUUAGUAAUCAAAAUUUAGAUAUCAAUGAAGCAUUAAAGCUUAAUAAUAAUAUAAUUAAUGAUAUUGAAAAAUUUUGGGAAAAUCCUAGCGAAGAUUUUGAAAGUCUUGAAAAAUAUUUUGAAUGUUCUACUAGAAAUAGUCAAGAAAUAAAUAAAAAACUUGCCAAUCCUGAUGAUAUUGAUGAUCCAUGGGCUAAUGAUGAUUCAUUCAAUAUAUCAUCGAAUGAUAAACAAUCGACAGCCGAUGAACAAUGGCCAAAACGAUCAGAAUUUCUUAUUCAAGAAUGUUUUGCAUCUUUUGAUUCGAACGAAACGAAUCAAAAAAUUUCUGAUGGAAUUGGUUUACAAAACCUAGAAGAUUAUUUUACUGAUAUCGAUGUAUUUAAUAAUUCGGAAACGAUGAACAUUUCGAAUACAAUUGAACAACAAAAUCCAUGGGGACCAACAAUGCAAUGUUCAUCAUCAAAUUCAAAAAUAGUUAACGAUGAAGGUUGGGCAGAUUUUCUUAACGAUCCAUUUGCAUCAUCACCAAUGGUUUCGAUUAUGAAUAAGCCGCAGCAACAGCAAUCCAAAGAAUCUUUGAAUAACAACGAAAUCGAGUCUACUACUGAGUCUACUGCAGCUCAUGUAAAUGAUGAUUCGGUAGAUAAAUCAAACAAUGUUGAAGAAGAUUUAUUUGUUGCAAAUAUUAAAUCAAGUUCAUCGCCUACUAAAAACAAUGAAAAUAAUGAUAAAGAAGACAGUCAAAUGGUUGCCAAUACUUCAAUGAAUGAAGAUGACCCAUUUAAUAAUUCAAACGAAUGAUCCUUAUUUAUAAAGCAAUUCAAUCAUAUAAUAAUAAUAAUAAUAGCUAUUAUCAAGAUGAUUUUUUUUUGAUUUGAA